AUGUCAUCUUUAUUUGGACAGACUGCUGGAAGUGGCACUUCUGGUGAUAGUGUGGCGAAGAAUGGUACCCUAAGUGUGUUUCAGACUACACAACAACAGCAACAACAACAACAGCCAAUAUGGUUUCAAAAUCAAAAGAAAAGAAUCAUUCCUAAUCAUUUAGUACCUAAGAAGAAGCCAAGCUUCCAGAUUACUUCAUCUAAUAAGAAGGAUGGUGUGAGAGACUCAUCGUCUUCAUCUGAUAAGAAAUCAAGUUCGUUAUUAUCUUCUACCAAUGAAUUCAACUUAUUAUCGUUUGGAGGUCAACAACUGCAACAACGUAAAUUAUUAGAUAAAGCAGGUGAUACAUCGAUUGAUUUAACUAAAUAUGAUGAAACUAUAAAUGAAACAUUUGUAAGUAAUGAUGAUUUCUUUAACAGUUAUGAUGAAGAUUUACCUCCUACCCGAUCAAUUCAUGAUUUCAAUAAUGAAAUAUUGAAUUCAUUAGCUAAUAAACCAGUAGAAAAGAUUGAUUCUUUCAUAAAUAGAGAUCCUAAAAGUUUUAAUAACAUAUUCAAUGCAUCUAAUCUUUCCGAUUCUAAACAGGAUGAUGCCAAAUUAAAUGAAAAGAAAGAAAAAGAAGCCAUCAAUCCAUUAGUCAAUAAUGAAAGUGCCAUCAUAGUAUUUGGAUAUCCUGAAUCAUUAACAAAUCAAAUCAUUCAACAUUUUAAAGAAUUUGGAGAUAUCUUAGAAGAUUUCGAAACCAAUCAAAAGCUUCCAUAUUCAUUACUUAAUUCAAAACAUAAUCAAUCAUCAAAGAAAGUUGUUCCUCUCUUUGUGGGAAAGAAUUGGAUAAAAUUGACAUUUGAUAAUCCUGCGUCUGCUAUAGAUGCUUUACAAGAAAAUGGAUCUGUGUUUAAUGGAAUCUUAUUAGGGGUUAUACCAUAUACCAAAAAUGCUAUUGAAAAAUUACAAAAGAGAUCAAUCACUUCCCAGGAGGAUAUAGGUGGAAAGAAUCUUCUUGAUUUAUCAAUUGUAAGAUCAGAAAAAUUAGAUACUAAUACCAAUGAUAAUGUAACUGGAGGAAGUAAUUCAAACCCAGUCAGUAACAAUAAAUUCGAAAUGAAAGAUGGUACUCAAUUAUUCUUAAAACCUGAUGGUGAACAACAAAAAGAUAAGAAUGUUAAACAAGAGAAAUUGGGCAUUAUCGGUAAUUUAUCUAGAUACAUUUUUGGAUUUCAUGAAUUAUAG